AUGGCUUUUCCUAGUUAUCCUCCUGGUAAAAUAAUUUUGUUGGAUGAAAUCGAAAAUAACACGAAACAUUGGUUUGGAGAAUAUCUUCGAAUUGCUGGGAAAUUAAUUUAUCAUAACACAACAAAGAAUAUAGCCGUAAUUGAACAAAAUAUUAAAUGUACAAGCAAUAAAGAGAAACAGCGCGAAGGACAUUUACACGAAAAGUUCAAAAUAAAAAAUUGUUUUUUAAUUGUUGAUACAAAACUUGUUGAAGACGAACCAUAUAAAGAAUAUAUGAUCACUGUUGAUAUACAGAGGACAAGCUUUCCUUUAUUGGAAGCGCGUAUUUUUCGUAAUGUCGAUUUCAUGGAUAUGGAUCUUUAUCAAGAUGUGAUCAAUAUGAGGAAUAAAUAUGAACAAGAAUGA